CCUCUCUUCUUUUCCUCAGUCCCAUUCUGCUCUAAUUUGCCCCGCUUCGUCUUCUUCUUCUUCUUCGUUUGUCCUCAUUCCUCUUUCUCCAUCCCUCUCAUCCCCACAUCCUCUUUUCUCCUUCCCUCUCUUUCCUUCCCUGACGACCUUUCUCGUUCAAUUGACCCGCUACUGACCGCACACUUCAAACACAAACACAUACCACAACCAUGUCCGAGUCUGCUGCUGCUUCACAACGCCUGGCCUUUGUCCAGAACCACUUGCAGGUCGCCGCCUGCUCCAACAAGGAGGAGCCCAGGAAGAAGACUCCUGUCGAGUCCAUGUCCGAGGAGAGAGAAAAGGCCACCUUCGAUGUCAGGGCGCUCACCUACUUCCUCGACGGCGGCGAAAAGUACACCAAGAUCAGAGAAAAGUUCAUGAUGGAACUGGAGCGCGAUCCCACCUUCCGCAUGUACGACAUGUACGAUGUCACCAAGGACGAGAUCCGUGUGCGCACCAUGGAGAAGUUCCGUACCAUCGUCCACUACGUCUCUGCAGAGCCCGUCCCCAUCUUCACCAUGCGUAUGCAGACCAUCUCUUUGAUCGAUCCAGGCUUCUGGACCCGUUUCGGUGUCCACUACGGUCUGUUCUUCGGUGCCCUCCGUGGUUCCGCUACCUCGGCCCAGUUCUCGCACUGGGUCUCCAAGGGUGCCCUCGCCUUGAACGGCAUGGUCGGAUGCUUCGCCAUGACCGAAUUGGGCCACGGCUCCAACGUCGCUGGACUCGAGACCACUGCCACGUUUGACGAGGCUGCUGAUCAGUUCAUCAUCCACACCCCCACUGUCACUGCUACCAAGUGGUGGAUCGGAGGUGCUGCCCAUACCGCCACCCACUGCGUCGUCUUUGCCCAGCUCUACGUUCGCGGCAAGCGCUACGGAACAAAGUCCUUCGUCGUCCAGCUCCGCGACACCCGCACCUACACUCUCAUGCCCGGCGUCAACAUUGGAGAUAUCGGAAAGAAGAUGGGUCGUGAUGGUAUCGAUAACGGCUGGAUUCAGUUCACCAAUGUCCGCAUUCCCCGCACCAACAUGCUGAUGAAGCACACCAAGGUCUCACGUGCCGGUGAGGUCAAGGAGCCCCCUAUGGCCCAGCUGACCUACGGUGCCUUGAUCCAGGGUCGUGUUGCCAUGGUCAUCGAUUCCGGUAACAUUGCCAAGAAGGCUGUUACCAUUGCCGGUCGUUACGCUGCCGUUCGUCGCCAGUUCCAGUCCAACCCCCACGAUGUCCAGGAGACCAAGCUGAUCGAUUACGCCAUCCACCAGUACCGCCUCAUGCCCAUCUUGGCCAUGGCCUAUGCCUUCCACUUCACCGGUGUCGAGACCCAGAAGCUGUACGAUGAUCUCAUGGACAAGUUGGAGUCGACCCAGCCCGGUGAUGCUGCUCUCCAGGACACCCUUGAGACCCUCAAGGAGACCCACGCCACCUCGGCCGGUCUCAAGGCCUUCUGCACCUGGUCGACCUUGAACGCCAUCGAGGCCUGUCGCCAGACCCUUGGUGGUCACGGUUACUCUGCCUACACCGGUCUCGCCACUACCUACAACGACUUUGCGGUCCACUGCACCUGGGAGGGAGACAACACCAUCUUGACCCUCCAGUCCGGACGUUACCUCGUCAGCUGCUACCGCGAGGCCCUCGCUGGCAAGGCCCAGCCCGAGGGAGUUGACUACCUUAACCACCUCGACACCCUCCUCACCCAGGGAUGCGCCGUCAAGACCAAUGAGGAGAUCCUGAACUUUGACAUCAUCCAGCAGGCCUGGGGUGUUGUUACUGCCAACGUUGUCAAGAAGGCCGGUGAUGACUUUGCAGAGUCCUUGAAGCAGGGCAUGAGCCCCGAGGCCGCCUAUGAGGAAUGUUCCCAGGCCCGUCUCGCUGCCGCCAAGAUCCACUCUUUCGGCUAUGUCUUCCGUCGCUUCGCCCAGGCUGUCAAGAGCGCCCCCGAGGGUCUUCGCGCCGUCCUCACCAAGGUCUGCUUCCUCUACGGUCUGUACUCGAUCGAGCAGAACGCUGGAUUCUUCUUGCAGUACCGCUACUUCACUCCUUCGCAGAUGGACUAUGUCCGUGCUCAGGUCAACGUCCACUGCCGUGAGGUCCGUCAGGAGUACAUUCCCUUGAUCGAUGCCUUCAACUACUCGGAUUACAUGAUCAACUCGCCCUUGGGUGUCUAUGACGGAAACGUGUACGAGAAGUACUUUGACCAGGUCAAGAGACAGAACCCCGUUGGUCAGCCCCACCCUUACCUGCCCUUGAUCCAGUCUCUUCUCCGUCGCGAUAUCGAGGACGAUGAGCCUCUGGAGGAGGAUGAGGAGGAUGACGAGUAAAAAAAAAAAGAAGUCCUUUGAUGGAAUCAUCGCGAUCAAGCUUAGAAGGAGGAGAGAGAAAAAAAAGAAGAUAUAUACAAACUCAUAGAGCAAUAGCUAUUGUUCAUAGCGCCCUUUCCUUUUGUCUGCCCAACAGACAUUGGAGUUGUAACAUAAUAAAUAGAAAUAUACGAUUUAAAAGC